CAAACAUUUUCUGUCUGUCUCUCCAUGGACAUGUCUAAGCAGCCACAGAGGCACAAAUGUCUUUUUUCACCUAUAAAGAGAAAAGAAAACCCAGCAGAUGUCCUUUGCUCGCCAAAUGUAGGCAUGUGGUUGCAAAAGGGGAAGAAUUGUCAUUUCAGUUUUAUGAAAAACGCACACUGGAUUACCGAAGGACAAUUUGCAGUGCAAUGAUGGUCAGACACAAACUACAACCAGUUGCCCCUGAGGUCCAGCAUUCAGCCUGACUUCAUCUGUGCAGGACAAGGCCUGAGGUGUGAAACUGGAAGCUAAGCUGAAUCCGCCGGGCCUGCUGACUAUGCCCCGGAGCCCCACUUCUAGUGAGGAUGAGAUGGCCCAGAGCUUUUCUGACUACUCCGACGACUGUGCCUCCGACAGCUCCCGCGAAGAGACCAUUUACGAGACCAUAAAGGCCACCGCCGAGCCACCUCAGAACCGCAUGGACGACAUUCACAUAAACACGCUGGUCAUCCGUGUCCUCAUCCCCGACCUGCAGCAGACGAAAUGCAUGCGGUUCAACCCGGAUGCGACGGUCUGGGUUGCCAAGCAGCGGAUCCUGUGUACCCUUAAUCAGAGCCUGAAAGACGUGCUCAACUAUGGGCUUUUCCAGCCAGCUAGCAACGGGAGGGACGGCAAGUUCCUGGAUGAAGAGCGCGUCCUUCGAGAGUACCCCCAGCCAAUCAGCAAGGGUGUCCCGUCUUUGGAGUUCCGUUACAAGAGCAGAGUCUACAGGCAGCCCAAUGUGGACGAGAAACAGAUUGCCAAGCUUCAUACAAAGGCCAAUCUGAGGAAGUUCAUGGACCUCAUCCAGCAUUAUCAGGUGGACAAAGUGUCUAAGUUGUUGGAGAGAGGCUUCGAUCCCAACUACCAUGACAGUGAGACUGGAGAGAGCCCGCUGACAUUUGCAGCUCAUCUGGACAAUGUGGUGGAGAUAAUUAAGGUGCUGAAGAACGGAGGAGCUCACCUGGACUUCAGAGCCAAAGAUGGCAUGACUGCCCUCCACAAAGCUGCACGCUCCAAAAACCUGGUUACACUCACGACGCUGCUGGAGUUGGGAGCUUCACCAGACUACAAGGACAGCCGUGGUUUGACUCCUCUGUAUCACAGCGUGGUCGUGGGAGGAGACCCGGGCUGCUGCGAGCUCCUGCUGAACCACCAUGCUGUCGUCUGCUGCCAGGACGAGAACGGCUGGCAUGAAGUUCACCAGGCUUGUCGUCAUGGUCAUGUGCAGCACCUGGAGCAUCUGCUGUUCUAUGGAGCAGACAUGGGGGCCCAGAAUGCCUCGGGAAACACUGCUCUACACAUCUGUGCCCUAUACAACCAGGAUAACUGUGCCAGAGUGCUGCUUGUUCGUGGAGCUGACAAAGAAGUGAAGAACUACAACAGCCAGAGUCCAUUUCAGGUCGCCAUUAUUGCUGGAAACUUUGAGCUCGCUGAACUCAUCAAGAACCACAAAGAGACAGAUAUAGUGCCUUUCCGCGAGGCUCCAGCCUACUCCAAACGCCGCCGGGGUCUGUCUUCUGGCAACGGCAGCGGAAACGAUCAGUCCCCGUCCUCGUUAUCAGCGCCACGGGUCCUCCUGCGCUCCAACAGCGACAACAACCUAACAGUCGGUCAAUACCAGCAGCAGCACGGUUCUCCUGGAAACUGGGCCCCCCAUCUGCAGCAGCACCAACAAGCCCAGCCCCACCUGCACAGGGCCCCCCAGCAGGGUCACUCGCAGCCUGGCUCCUCAGCAUUGCAUCGCAGCCUGUCACCCCAGCUGCUCCAGCAGAUGCCCAGCGGCAGCCCCAAUGGCAACGUGGUGGUCCGGACCAUGGGGAGGGGGGCAAGGAGCCGGUCGCCCUCCCUCAGCCGGCUGGGGGAGGAGGCACGACGGGCUCUACCUUCACAGCGCCAGCCAAGUCCCAGCAGUCAUGGUGAGGCAGUAGGCACCAGAAGGAAGCUGUACAGCGCGGUUCCUGGGCGACAUUUUGUGGUGGUUCGUCCUUACACCGCCCAGGCCGAGGGAGAGAUCAACCUCUACAAAAGCGACAGGGUCAAAGUUCUGAGCAUCGGAGAGGGAGGUUUCUGGGAGGGCAGCGCCCACGGCCAGGUGGGCUGGUUUCCAGCCGACUGUGUGGAGGAGAUCCCGGCCAAGGCCACCGAUGAGAGGAGCUAUUCCCGAGCGGACCGCGCUGACAGACGGAAGCUCUUCAGACACUACACUGUGGGCUCCUACGACAGCUUUGAUGCCUCCAGUGACUGCGUGGUGGACGAGAAGACGGUGGUGCUCCAGAAAAAGGAGAAUGAGGGGUUUGGCUUCGUCCUGCGAGGGGCCAAAGCCGAUACGCCCAUUGAGGAGUUUACUCCCACACCUGCCUUCCCCGCUCUGCAGUACCUGGAGUCUGUGGAUGAGGGAGGAGUGGCAUGGCAGGCGGGGCUCAGGACGGGGGACUUCCUCAUCGAGGUAAACCAGGAGAAUGUGGUGAAGGUGGGCCACAGACAGGUGGUUAACAUGAUCCGCCAGGGAGGCAACCGGCUCCUGAUCAAGGUGGUGACAGUGAGCCGGAAUCUGGACCCCGACGACACAGCACGCAAAAAAGCUCCUCCACCACCAAAGAGAGCCCCCACCACAGCCCUAUCUAUGCGCUCCAAGUCGAUGACCUCUGAACUGGAGGAACUUGACAAAGUCGAAGAAAUGUCACAUGCCCAGAAGACCUCACCUGUUGAUAUGAAGAUUGCCACAAUCAAACCACGCCCAUCCAGUCGCUGUUUGGUUACGGCAGCUGAUAUGAAUUCUAUGUAUCAUGACCGCCAGGGAGUAGCAGUGGUGCCACCCACUGUGCCAGGGGCCUUCCUGGGGAUACCUGAGAAGGGCACUAUGAAAAAGCAAAAGUCCAUAGGUACAACGGAGGAUGAGAAACAGGGAUUCCUCACACCUCCCCUACUCAAGUUCUCUCGCAGCCUCUCUAUGCCUGACACCUCAGAGGACAUCCCUCCUCCCCCAGCCAUUUCACCCCCUUCGCCACCUGCCUACAACUCAGCUGCUGGCCCUAUACCCAAGAGUUACGGCACCACACGGCCCAGCUUCACCCAGAACUCACCUAAUGCAGUAACGACCAUUAGCCGAACCACUGAUGUUGGCACGUUAAGGCGUGGGUAUUUCCGCCAGAGCUCGGAGCAUUUUGAGAGCACACGCACCCGAGGGCGCACGCCAGUGCCGGAGAAUCCAUACUCUGAGGUGGGCAAUAAGACACUGUAUGUGCCAGCAAAACCAGCUCGAAGGAAGGGCAUGCUUGUAAAGCAGCCCAAUGUUGAGGAUAGCCCAGAGAAAACAUGUCACAUGCCAGCAAGCCCCUCUGGCCCAGUUUCCAUGCCCACUACGCCUGUAGAACGAACGUGCUCCUCCAUCCCCAUCCCCACCAUCAUCGUUAAGGAGCCCUCCACCAGCAGCAGUGGCAAGAGCAGCCAGGGUAGCAGUAUGGAGAUUGAGCCCACCACUCCUGAACACCCACCCCUCACGCCCACUGUUGGUGGAAGUGGAGGUUUGCGUCCUGAUGACCUGUCUCUAAGCAACCCCUUUGCAGCAGCAAUUGCCGGGGCGGUACGGGACCGGGAGAAGAGGCUAGAGGCAAAAAAGCACUCAAUUGCCUUCCAGUCAAUAGACAUAGGGGAUGAUGAGUUCAGUAGUCCCACACCAACCCCUCGCCUUCGCCAGUCAAAGUCCAUUGAUGAAGGCAUGUUCAGUAGCGACGAGCGGCUUCGAAGGAUAUUGGCUCCCCCUCCUGCAGCACAGCUCGGGCCUCCUGUUGGGGGUGGUAGUGGCAACAUGACAGAUUUUAACACUCCUGAGCCUACAGUGGUGCGGGAGCCUCUAAACACCAGAACAGGCCAGUGUCCCAACCUGGAUAGUCCUGUUAGUCUCCCAGCAACUCCUCCUAAGAGCCACUACAGGGCCAAUGGGACCUACCUCCAUCCUGUCACCGGCAAGCCCUUGGACCCUAACUCUCCACUAGCUUUGGCCCUGGCAGCUCGUGACCGGGCCAUGAAGGAGCAACAAAACCAUCCUCAGAAUCAGCAACAAAAUCCUCCUCAGGUUCAGCAAACCCCAAAGCAUGAAGGCCAGUCCCUCCCAGUUCAGCCAAGCCACAAACCAGACCUCAACCAACCGCUGUUUAUUGACACCAAACUACGCUCCGGGAUCGAGACGAGUUUUGCUGCAAUCUCUACCGCAACUAUGGGGCGACCUGGCCGAGGAGGCCUGCGGAGGCAGAUGACGGAGCAGAAGUAUGAGUCUGACGGGGCACGGGAAGAACGGCAGCAUCACGCAGUUGAGGAGAGGAAAAGUGCGCCAGGGGAUGUGGCAGACACAUCACAGCCUAAGUCAACCGGGCUGCUGAUGGUCCACACCAGCACAGAAGCAUGCAACAAGGUGAACAACCAAGAGUCGGAGGGGCAGGACAGCAACAGACCAUCUGAGCUAAAAGACCCCAACCAACCCGAUCCUCUCAAAGCUCCAACACUAUCUACCAAUCCCCAGCCACCAUCAUCACGGAGGAGGAGCAUUCCUUUAGGCGAGUCCAUGGAUGAACCAGUAAAGCUGCCCUUCCGCAUCCCCCCUCCCCCACUGGCCUCUGUUGACAUUGAUGAGGAUUUUGACUUCACAGAGCCCCUCCCCCCACCGCUGGAGUUUGCCAACAGUAUUGACAUUCCUGAUGACCAGGCUAGUGCCAUUGCCGAGAUGCUUCAGCAACAGAGACGGAAUGGUGGACCUCAUCUACCGCCAUACCAUGCUCACGCCCCACCUCCUGUCACUGAUCAACACAAACGGGUGGUGAACAGUAUGCCCCCCUCAUAUCCUCCUCCUCCACCUGACCCAGAGUCAGGGGUGGGUGACUCGGGCAUUGAAGAGGUAGACAGCCGCAGUAGCGGGGAUCCUCUGCACAUGGAGACCACCAGCACCGUUUCCAGCAUCUCUACCCUGUCAUCAGAGGGAGGCUUCUGCGACAACACUCUGGAGAGCCUCUAUGCCACUGCAGAUGGGCAUGCCUUCCUCGUGGAUCGGCCCCCUGUGCCACCCAAACCCAAGGGCAAGUCUGUCAUUAACAGAACAUCGCUUUAUCAUGACGCUCUCAUUGAAGAGCCCCCAGAGUCCUAUGGGUCACCCCCUCAGGCUCCUCCCCCUCCCCCUUCAUCCUCUGAACCUCCUAGGACUCCUACUCAAAGGACAUCCAAGCUGUGGGGCGAUCAGCCCCCUGAGCUGCGCAGCCCCCCAUCCACACCAGACUCCAAGAACACUGUUAUCACCGAGCUGAGCUCCAUUCUGCAGCAAAUGAAUCGCGAUAGACCAACCAAGCCAGGAGAAAGCCUGGACUCCCCCACAGGCACCAGGGGGGCCUUCGGAACAAGGCCUCCCGCAGAUGACUCAGGAAUGCGUAACAACGCUGCCGCCGCUGCUGCCCUCGCCUCCACCCCUCCCAGCAGCCUUCCAUCCCAGAUGCACCCCUGCAGCCCGCCAGACUCCGCCUCCUCCCUCACCCCAUGCUCCUCGCUCCCGCCCUCUGUGUCGCCCACCCUCACCGACGUCUUUGGUCUUCCCACGCCGCCCAUGGGCAGCGGCGGUGGUUACAGCCUGAGCUCUUCGUGCGGCGGCAGCGGGAGCUCACGCUCCCCAUCGCCGCUCACUCUGAUGCAGGCGGUGGCGGCCUCGGGCAAGCCCUUCGCCUCCAAACCCAUGGAGCUUUGGAGCAAACACGACGUGGCGGACUGGCUGGAGAGCCUCAACCUGGGGGAGCACAGGGACGCUUUCCUGGACAAUGAGAUAGAGGGCGCCCACCUGCCCUCGCUGCAAAAAGAGGACCUGAUAGACCUGGGCGUGACGAGGGUGGGCCACCGCAUGAACAUCGAGAGGGCCCUCAAGCUGCUGCAGGACAGAUAAGCCCCGAGGAGACGGGGUGGUGACGUGCGGAGUCAGAGCCGAGGAGAGGGAGGUGUUACCGAUCACUUUUACCAAUCUCUUCAUCAGACAUAAUCUCAAGUCGUGGAACUGGGUAGAAGUUUUGUCCAAGCUGAUGCUGCCUCUUGCUGUUUUUGUCCUCUCUCAUCCUCCGUCGCCCUCAUCUCAGCGCUCCGGUCUCGUCCGCCCUCUUCCUCCUUCCCACCGCCCCGAGCAUCAGGGGAUCAUGGGAUGCCGGGCGGAACUGCAGGGGGAGAGAGAAGAGAUUAGCUGCUAUGUCACAUCAAGGAGAGAAAGCAGAGGAGGCCAGUAUGAAGGACAACAAAAGAAAACGGAAAACUCUGGUAUAGCGUGUACUCAAACACCGAGAAAAAUACUUGUCUGGAAGUUUAUUUCACAUAAAGACUUGUGCUCACCCAACUGCUUUGGAAUACUAAAGACUUUUUCCAUACACCCUGGUGUGGGUGCAUGAAAAGCCAGCUGAGCUGGUCGUUGCUCCUUUUCUAUCUUUGCUAGAGUUUGUUCAGAGAAUAAUAUUUCUUCACUAGAGUCCUACCGGAGUUAUAUUUCUGGGUGCAUCUAAGGUUGUAGAGAAAAAUUUGAGAUAGACUUCCAUUUUUUGCUUUUCACCUGUUUGUGUCAAAAUAAGAACGUGAGCUGACAUGUUAAAACAAAUACUAAAGCGUAUCUCAUGUCCGUGCACAUCCAGACAUAAACACACACUUUAUGCACAGUGUCACACACCGACAAAUGAGAAGACACACUGUCGUCACAGACGCACACACCCUAAGCAUGUCUACACACCGAUACUGCGAUGGCCUUCUUCUCCUGAGAGAGAGCAGUGCGUGGAGAGAGGCGGUCACCGGAGGAGGAGCGCUGCUGUAGCAGGGGCCCCAAUGCCCCUCGCCAGUCUACACCCGCCCGGUGACCCACCUCGUCAUACGAGGAAAGCCGAGGCGAGGACGUGAGAUGCAACACGGACAGACAAACGUUGGACCAGAAAAAUUCUCACCUUGAAAUGAUUUUAUCAGCUUGUCUGCCCGCAAAGGGCGUCCGUGUCUCUCCGGGCUUUUCCUUCUAGUGCUGUGUGCGUGUGCGUGUGCGUGUGCGUGUGCGUGUGCGUGUGCCAGUGGUUGACCCAAAAUAUCAUUAAGGCCAGUUUAGCUAUUGGGAAACUAGAGCUGUUCUUUACUUUUGUACUUUAAUUUCUUCAUUCUGUCAGAUCUCCCUCCACCAUUAGCAGGUCUACGCUUCAUGCGGCCCCGCGGUAAUGCUAAUGUCUCUAACAUGUGGUAGAACUUGAGCUUUUUUAGAGAGACCAUUUCAAGGUAUGUUUAAAGUUCAACGUUUGGGGAAACACACUUUUAGGCUUUCCUGCUUUGAGUAAGAUGAGAAGACUCCCGUGUCUGCACACUAAAUGUGAUGCUGGAGCGCCAACACAAGUAGCUUAGCAUAAAGAUUGGAGGCGGGGGAAAACAGCUAGCCUGAGUCUGCACAAAGUUUAAGAACAAAGUCUGCCUACCAGCAGCUUUAAAAGUUUCUCAUCUCUUGGUUAGGGAGCUUGCAGAGGCAUUAGCAGGUUUUAGCCACGCUAGCAUGACACUAUGGAGGACUGUUCAGUCGAUCGGUCCACCACUUCGUUCCAGACUGAAGUAUCUCAACAGCUAUUUAAAGACUGCUUUAAAAUAUUGUACGGUCCCCAGAGGAUAAAACCCAAUGGCCCCUGGUGACCCCUCCAUGAGGUCUUGAGUGAAAAGCAUGUAUUUAUAGAUUGCCAUGAAAUUUGACUCUUGUGUCCCCCUCAGAAUGAAAUGUAAUAACUUUCCUAACCAUCCUUUAACUUCUUCUAGUGCCAUCACCAGGUCAACAUUUCAGUUUGUCUUUAUAACAAAAUAUCUGUUAAACAUUCCCAUCAGCCUCAGCUGUGCUUUGUGUUUAGUGCUGAUUAGCACAUGUUAAACUAAACGCUAAACUAAGACGGUGAGCCAGGUAAGUUUACCUGCUAAACAUGUUAGCUUUUAGCUCAAAGCACCACAGAGCCUUAUCAUGGCUGUACUCAUUUAAACUUUGGACAGCCGAGCUGUUUUCUCCUGUUUCCUGUCUUAAUGCUAAGCUAAACUAAUCGUCUCCUGGCUCCACAUUUACAUGAGUGAUUUCAAUCAAACCAUCAGCAAGAAAAUUAUUAGUUAUUUCUUGAUAGCAUUUUACUAAAUUUAAAUCAAGUGUCAAGUCCUUUUGGAGCCGUUUUUUUAGUUUUCACCUAUUUUAAAUAACAGAAUUAUGAACAACCUAGUAUUUAAGAACUAAGACUCACAGGUUGAUGUUUAAAGAGCUAAAACUCAAGUUUUACCAGAGAAAUGACGUAUUUUCUAUUUAGUUAAAUGACUACCUGAACAUUUUGUACAUUGUUCUUUGUUGUUAAUCAAAUAAAAAAAGAGCGAAGUGAUUAAAAGACUUGCUAGCGUCAAGAUAACUCGAGCUCAAAUCCAAUCAUACUGCAUGCCAAACGGGAACAGCUGACCUUGAGUGUUCAGAAAGGCGCCUAUAAAUAAAAUGCAUUAUUAUUGAAUUUAUUUUAGCUCUUUCAGAGGUACAAUUCUGUGAUUGGGAACACAGAGUCAAACUCUUUUAGAUGGAAACAGCCUGUGUUAGUGUGUUUUCAGGCUGGACACGCAACACUGCGUUAACGAAGCUCUUGCAGACUGACGCUGGCGGCCGCUGCAGAAUAGGUCUUUGAAGACAAACAAGAGCUUGUCUCAUAAUUGUGCGGAUCAGCAGGUUAAUGCUUUGUAGGGCGACUUCAGCCAGAUGACAUGAAAUCUCGCCGAAGCGUUGGCUUUAAGAACAGAUGGGGGAAUCUGUGGCUUCAGGGUUUAUUGUUGAAUUACGUGUUCACGUUAAGUCCACAUGCCUUGUCCUGCCCUCUGACCACUGUGCAAAAAAAAGUAAUAAAUAACCAGAGAAUAACCUGACAAAGCUGGCAGAUGUUCAUCAGCGUGAGCCCUGUGAGAUUAGAAAGGGAUAGAACCAGUUCUGAUCUGUUGCAGAUGAACUUCAGUCUCUGGAACUCGACUCCGGCCUCACUGCAGCUCCAGCAGUAGAGACCAGAUUUAAACUUUGUUAUAAGGGUCCAAUUAAAAACUAAAUCAGCAUUUAUAAAGCUGGAAAUGUAUGUGUGUCUGCUAGCAAUGAUUAUAGGCUGGUGAGAAGUAGAAGUACAGUAUGUGUUGAAAUGUGUGUGUGUGUGUGUGUGUGUGUGUAUAUAAGAGUGUUUAACAGGAUAAAAAUGUCUAUAUGAUUAUAUGUGUAGCUCUAUUAAAAGGUUUAGAGUAAAAGAAGAAAUUAUAUGAAGGUUGAUUUAUAGUUGCCAGAGCUGACCUGAGGACCAACGCAGUGGUCUUACCCGCCCCAUCAUCCUGCAGAGGAUGCCUUAAAUAGCUCACUGUCCCCUCUCCUCCACCACCUGCCCCGCUGUCGGUUGAAUCGCUCUCUAAAGAAUAAGACCUUGUGUUUUUAUCUCAAAGUAGAUUCUUUCAGCGCACACCUCACGUGUGGUUUGAUAUGUGCUCGACAGUAACCCAGCGUCUUGAAAUAUAUAUCGUUUUAGAAGUUCACCCUUAUUUGGUUUCAUAUCACACUCCGCAGCUUCAUGUAGGUGCAGCUUUCGAGGAGACGAAAUGAAACCUACACAAGCUCUGUGUUCUGUGAACAUUAGCCGUACGGAGGCUGGCACGGGACAAUGCUGCUAUAAUCCUGUUUGAAACGUGUAACUUAUUUUAAAAACAAACAGCGAAGUGUCGGAGGAGGAGGAGGAGGUCGAAAAGCACAGUAUUUUUAAAGAUUUGUAUAGAGUUCUAUGAAAUUUUAUAGAGGUUAUCUGAACAAAACACUGACGCGCAGAUUGCCAAAAACAGAAAUACUACAUCGAUAAAAACGUGGAUAUCAUUAGACUUAUGGGUUAUGUAAGAAGCAAUAUUUAUUCUGAAUGAAUCUCCUUGGUUGUGUUAAAAUUAUUUAUUUUCCCAUUUUAAAGUUGCAUUUCAUGAUGCGCUCACUUGUUUUAAUGUUGCCUAAGUAGAGACACUCUCUACUGCAGAAGUAAGAUAUUUUGGUCAAUCAAGUGACCACAAACCCCAGAUAUCUUCUGACGACCACCAUCUGCCUGACUAGACUUCUCUCAUCUGAAAUCCCUGAGUCUAGAGUGUGUGUAUAAAAAGAAUAAAAUCUGUAAAUUUAAAAAAAAUAUAUAUCUGUAUAACCGCAGGCCAUCUUGGUAGGAAACUAUAUGAAACCUAUAUAUAUGUAAACAUACAUAAAUCCACCUAGAAGAUCAGCGGUGGCUGCUGAUUCCUUAAUGUGGAUCAACAGGUCACUGCGCACUUUUCUCUGUGGAAAUGUAGAGCUGAGUAGAUGUAGUAGGAAAUCUUUAAAGAGCAUCACCAGGCCAUGUUUAGGACGGGCAUGGCUCACUAACCCACUUCCACUCCCCUUCAAAACACUGCUCCUACCUUUAUCAUUGUCCAACAUUUGGGUAACUGUUUCUUUUUCUUUUUUUUUCUUUCUUUCUUAAUAUUUUUUUUUCAUUAAUAGAUUUUUAUUCUUUGAUUAAGUCUUCAUAGAGGCUAAGAUGUUUUCGGUAAUUUGUGCAAAGACUUGUGUUCAUGUUUUCUAUGUUGCUGUAAUUUUGUGCUACUAAAAAUCAUCAUAGAGUCAACUAAUUACUGAAAUGAAAAGAGAGAGAAUUUUCCUGUAACUGCACUCUUCCUUCCCCCCCCUGCCCCCUCAAAUCCUCAAGACUUCUUGUAUGGCAACCAAAUUUCACUGUAAGAAAUAAAUAUAAUAUUGCACUAG